AUUAUAUCUCACGCAUCUCUGGCGUGGACACGCAAUCGAUCAUGCUGGGUCGGGAGCCCCGUCAGGAACUCAUGGAUCACGUGCGAUCCAUGGCCAAUCAUCAUGACCCUGUCGCCCCAGCCCUACUGGCUCUCGAUUGACCGAUGCGCGGAGAUCGGGAGAGCCGAUCCCAGUACCCGACCAAGACCCUUUACCUGAGACCAACUUGAGAGUACUUUACCCCGAGGCAAUGACGGAAAGGAGGGCGUUUGAUAUUUGGAGAACUCAGCGCAAGAUAAACCUUCGUCGUAGGCGGACUGUCCACUUUGAGGAACAAGACGAGCUCGGUCACCUCGAGGAACAUGAUGCGUCUGAUGUAGUCGAGGAACAGGAAACGCUGAGAAGCGAGGACACUGCUUCCUCAAGAUCGCAAGACACGACUAAUCCUUACACGGUUGUGCGAACCGGCCCAUCGCCAUAUCUGCUCUCAGUCAUGCGUUACGAGCCAGCAAGAGCCACCUUCAUCAGGUACUUUUCUUCCAACAAUCCACCAACUCUUGCAGAAGGCAUUGCACCCUUGCAGACUCUCGCGGAUCCCACACCGUCUUCCAUAUUUUACCCUGGCGCGCAUCCGAAUGAGGAUGGCUGCUGUCGUCAUUGUGAGAGGGAUUUACGCAGACUCCCAAAAGCCAGAGCCAACCGUCAUCUCCUCGCUUGCAUGCAGAAUAUUCUGAAGAGCGAAGCGGGGCGCAAGGUUUCUGACCUUACGCCACCUUUGGAGUCCAUUGACAAGAGUGGCAAGGCCGCUUGCAGGUGGUCUUGCUGUACUUAUUCGUUCGGCUCUAGUAAGGCAUCCGGUAUCGCCGACCAUGUCACGCAGCAUAUCAAAAGCAGCCGCGAUAGCGUGUGUUGGUGGAACGAAUGCAAGUUCUCUGCCAACAGCAAGACAGCUCUUGCAACGCAUUUGCUUGAUCGCCACAGCCUGUUCAGUGCCGUUACCCUUCCAACUGACGUCAACUUUUGCUACGAGUGUGGAGAAUGGGUGGAGAGCAAGACUUCCUGGGAUUCGCACUGCGAGGCGCAUAUGUCCAAGCUAUCCUCUUUGGGCCCAUUUUGCGGGCAGAUUGUUCGCUAUGGAGUCGUAAUAGUCGUUGCAAAAUGCGUUUUCUGCCUUGGUAAGAUUGGCACCGGUUUCAGCCGACGAUUCCACCAGUUUGCGGACUGUUACGCAUUGCAUGCGCACAUCGAUUCGCACUUAAGUAAGGUCAAGGACUGGCCCCUAGUCUGUCCUCACCCGUACUGCGACUACUUGUCGGUGCACGUGGAAGGCUUCUGGCUUCACUUGGUUCAGAGCCACGGUAUAGAAGCCAGAGUUGUUCGUCCCAAGCGUAAUAGGCCAGUUGGACAGCCUGUGGAUCCUUUGCAGUCUCAACAGGGAGUGGACAUGAGCGAUGAUGAGUCGGCAAUGAAUCAGAGCGAUUCUUUGGGUCGAUCCGACGGCGUCGAUAAUUCGUCUUUAUCCUCGGUUGACAUUGCGGAUGAUAACAUGCACGACUUGAGCUAUGGGAUUCACUUCCUUCUCAGGGCGGUAGCCUCCUCCAUAAGGGCUAUUCCCUAUGUUGCGUACAUCCUUAUCGGCCGGACGCUGUCUGGAGGCAAUGUUGCUGAACUUGGUUGUAUUGUAGUUGGUUCCCAGGCACUUGUUGUUAGUCGAUUCUUCCUCAACUUCGUAGUUGCAACCUGCCUGUUGCUUUUGCAAACUCAAUGGUAGCUUUUACUGCCUUCUAAUCUGGUCUCCACUUGUCUUUCUCGCCGUCGACAAUCUUGUCAUUCUCUUUAUGAUCUAGACCACAACU